AAAGCAAAAGUCGUAAAAAAUUAACAGUCAAUUAAUCACUCACGGUUUUAUAUGCCUAUCGAUUGAGUCAGUCAAAGCCAGCCGUUAUCGUGAUGGAGAGACGUGGGACAGGGACUGGGAGAAGACAACAUGUGACGCCAUUUGCAUUGAUUCUAAAGGGUAGGCGCAAACGAAAACGAACGGUUUGGCUUAUGAGACAUCAAUCUUACAGGCGCAAUAUUGAGGAAGUAGGAACUGAUGGUGGCGAAAGCGAAGGUUUUAUGCAUUUUCUUCUUCUUCUUCUUCUUCUUCUUCUUCUUUUUAUAUGACCAUAAAUGACAUCUUCGUAGUCACUUGUUGACCUCAAUGUGUUGGCUAACUUUAGGAUUAAUAUUUUCCGCUAAAUCAUACCCCUUCGAGAGUACGCUUCUUAUAGGAAUCGAACCACGUCCGAGCUUUACAAGAGCCGGCGCGUGUACUAUUCGACCAUUCGCCUGUCCCUGUGAUAAGAUCACCCGUCUGAUAUGAGUGUAGUUCCACCUUAUCCAUCCGCAACAUGGCUAGAGAUCAAACUGAUUCCCAUCAAUAGAGCAGAAACCCGGCUAGGCUCAUCUUAAUUAACUCCUAUUAAUCGAUGACGCGACGAUCGCACGAUAACGAAGUGUUACUAAUGACGCCUAUAAACCCGUUAGGGUUCAGCAUAAUACACCGCGACGAGUCAAUGGUAGAAGUCGUGACUGCUAUUUAAAGAACUGCCUAAGGAGAAGGAGAACGGCGCUAGCAAACGAUCAUAUGUUAGAUUCGCGACUCACGACAGAACGAUCUUCCGACGCUGUGCAAAGCUGCCAAAAAUAGCGCCCUAAUCGAAAGCUCACAGGCGUCAUGCGGACUCGAUCUUCAUCUCAGUGACUUGUUGAAAGAGACACCCAGCUCGGCUCCGUCCCUUGCGUAAAGCGCCGUCCUAAAGUGUCGGCUCUCCGUGAGCAUCGAGCGAUCAGGCAACGAGCACGAGAGCGGCAGAUGCGCUCAGCAAAACAGUCGAUGCGCAAGCUUUCCGGCGCGUUCGCUGCCGCAGCGAGAGUUAGUUUAUGCUGCGCAACUAACCGCGAUUGACUGCGUCUCCGGAGUGUCUGUCUGGUGUGUGCGCGUGUGUGUGCCUGGCGUGUGUCUGUGUUUGUGAUGCUGUGGGUAAAGUAACGGCCCCCGCUAGGAUAUGAUGCCGCACGUCCUGAUCGUCGUGCUGAGCGUGAUCGUGAGCAUCGCGGCGGGCAGCGUGCGCCACUGGACGCGCUGUGAAGUGGCCCGCGAGCUAGCGCUCAAGCACGUCCCGGAAGACCAGAUCGCCGAUUGGCUGUGCAUUGCCGAGCAGGGUGCGUCGUACAACGGGUCGGCCGUGAACGCGCGGUUCAAACAUUACGGCGGCAGUGGCUAUUACGGGCUGUUCCAGCUCAUCGACCGGUACGCUUGCGCCCGGUACGGUUCGAUCUGUGGACUGGCGACGUGCAACCUGCUGCUCGAUGACGAGCUGGACGAUGACAUUGAGUGUAUGCUGAAGGUCCAUGCGGCUUACGUGCGGGAGCUGGGCGAUGGUUUCGCUGCGUGGCCGAUCCACGCAACGGCGUGCCGCGGGGUUCGGAAGAUCCCGUUCGAGGACUGUCUCGAUGAGGAGGUUGUGCGGGUGCAGGAGUACUUUAAGCGCAAGCGCGCGAAGGCAAAAAAGGCGAACCUUGUGCAGGCGACGGUCGGGAAGGUGUACGAACGGUGCGAGCUGGCGAUGGAGCUACGCGAUCGACAUCGAAUGCCGAUGGAGCAGAUCGCAACCUGGGUGUGCAUUGCGUACCACGAGAGUCGGUUCAAUACAUCCGCAGAGGGGCGUCUCAAUGCGGACGGAAGUGGCGACCAUGGGCUGUUUCAGAUCAGUGACAUCUACUGGUGCUCGCAGGAUGACCGUCGGCCGGGCAAAGCGUGUCGCGUUACUUGUGCCGCCAUGAGGGACGAUGACAUUGCUGAUGAUGUGCGGUGCGUUAGGACGAUCUACGACGAGCAUCAGCGCAUUUCGGGCAAUGGAUUUCACGCCUGGACCGUGUACCGACCGUACUGCGAGGGACGGGAAGCAAGCUUCGUGCACAACUGCUUCGAAACGCAUCCAACGACGCAGAAUAAACCAAGGCCCGGGAUUGUUGCUCCAACGACCAUUCCGACCGUCCCGAAGAAGAGUUUGGCGGAGGUUGGCAAGGUGUACGAUCGCUGUGAGCUGGCGAAUGAUUUGCUGCACAAGUUCCACCUGCCGAAGGAGCAGGUUGCUACCUGGGUGUGCAUUGCUUACCACGAGAGUCGGUUCAAUACAUCAGCUGAGGGACGUCUCAAUGCGGAUGGAAGUGGCGAUCAUGGACUGUUCCAGAUUAGUGAUAUCUAUUGGUGCUCUCCACCGGGCAAUGGGUGGGCUUGUGGAGUGAGUUGCGAUGCGUUGAAGGAUUCCGACAUCAGUGACGAUGUGCAAUGCGUAAAGACGAUCUACGAAGAACAUCAGAGACUGUCUGGGGAUGGGUUUAAUGCCUGGUCAGUGUACAAGCCCUACUGUCAGCGUGAUGCGGUGGAUACGUUCGUUCGUGGUUGCUUUGGAGAAGAGGUGGACAUUGCCCAUCCAGUGACGGUCCCGCGACCUGCCAUCACAGCACCAACGAGAGUGCCCCAGACACGCUCGUCCCCCGGCAAAGUGUUUGAACGCUGCGAACUAGCCCAAGAGCUUCACCGACAGGGUCUUUCCCUGGAGCAAACCGCAAUCUGGGUGUGCAUCGCCAAGUAUCAAUCAAACUUCAACAGUUCCGCGCUCGGGUACGGCCCAAACGGUGUGCAGUACCACGGCAUGUUUCAGCUGAGCGACGAGUACUGGUGCUCGCCGCCCGGUCGCGGUUGGGUUUGUGGCAUCAGCUGCGCCCAGCUGCGGGACGCCGACCUUAGCGACGAUCUUGGCUGCAUGCAGUUCAUCUUCGAGGAGCAUGCGCGCAUUUCCGGCGAUGGUUACAACGCCUGGGCGGUGUAUCAACCGUACUGCCGGGGGAAAAGCGACACCAUGAUCGAGGGGUGCUUCGAGGAGGGUGAAAAUGCGAUCGUUCCCACACCACCGACCACGAGGCGCCCGAUCGCGCCGCCGAAGAAUUUCCCCCGCGGCAAGGUGUACGAGCGGUGUGAGCUGGCACGGGAGCUGUACUAUCGGCACGGGCUGCCGUACGACCAGAUCGCCACGUGGGUUUGCAUCGCGCACCGGGAGUCGAGCUACAAUGUGUCGGCAAUCGGGCGGCUGAACGCGGACGGCAGUGAGGACCACGGGCUGUUUCAGAUCAGCGACAUCUACUGGUGCUCGCCCCCCGGGAAGGGUUGGGUCUGCGGGCUGUCCUGUGCCGAUCUGGAGGAUAACGAUCUGACGGAUGACGUGGAGUGCAUGAAGACGAUCUACGAGGAGCACACACGGCUGUCGGGCGAUGGGUUUAACGCUUGGGCCGUGUACCGGCCGUACUGCAAGGGACGGUCGGACCGGUACAUUGACGGUUGCUUCGAAGAUCCCGACGAUACGACGACGACGACAACGGCAGCGAUCACGACAAUGCCAACCACCACGCGAUCGCGCACGACAAGGUCACGGACAAGUACAACAAAGUUGCCGCGCUGGAGUACGGUACCUCGCACGACCACCAUCACAGCCACCACCACCACCAAGGUAAGGUCUACCCAACGCCAGACAGUAAAAACAAGCCGCCCAUCCACCGUCUCGACGACGGUGCCCCCUUCAACCACAAGCCUGUACGAGUUCUAUCUGAACAACUUCGGCCGCCGUCCCGCCGUCAGCACCGCCGCGCCGGUGUACACGUUCAAACCGUUCGCUUCCCGGCUGCGGGCAACCGAAAGCACUGCCACCGAAAGCUCGUCAACGCUGUCCACCGCCACCACCACACUGCCACCGGUUGUGACCACUGCAAGGUUUAGCGACUUUAAUCGCUGGUUUCAGGCCGGUUAAACGAAAACGGGGCGUAUAAAACGAUCGUUCCAAAGUAGACUCUAAAUGCGUCUGUUCGGUAGCACCUUUUAAAAAGAUAAAUAAAUGUCCGCUGUUUUUAUUUGUUGCUUUCUAUACAAUCAAACCAGUUUGUGACAUUUAGCGGAAGAGAAAAAAAAAGAUCACUUGCAGCACAGAAAUAAAUCCCACGAAUGAAUCACGCCAAAAAAGGAGAUGGGUUUUUGAUUACAGACUACGCAGCAGACAACAAUUCGUACCAGUUCCGUUCUUUAUGCUUUUGGGCGAAGGGGGUUGAUUUGCAUAAGUUGACACCUGCCGGCUCGGUAGAAGAUCACUCAUCGCUGGUUUCGUACAUGAUGCGACAGGAAAUUCCCCAUAAAUAGGGACCAAAUGUUAGUUUGAUGACGUUAGAGAAGAAGAUUUUAAUCUUCUUAUGGGUGGCUGUCCAUACAUUACGUAACGCGUAUAGGUGAGAGGGCGUAGAGGCGUUCAGGC